GGCUUACAACUCUUCAAAACUCUACAGAGAAUUGAGGCUGAGAGGUGGUGUAGUUCACAAUAAGCAGUUGAAGAUUCUUCCCCAAGAACAAGUGGUAUCUACUCUUCAUGGAGUCUGGAAUUUGUCCAGUGAUCAAGGCAGUUUGGGAACCUUCACGGUAUCCAAUGUAAGGUUCGUCUGGUUCGCAGACGUGAAUGAAGGUUUCAACAUAUCUUUGCCGUACUUGCAAAUAGAAAGUAUAUGCAUCAGAGAUUCGAAGUUUGGAACUGCUCUCGUAAUCACCAGUUCAGAAAUGAGCGGAGGAUACAUUUUAGGGUUCAAAGUUGAUCCGGAAGAAAAGCUUCAGAAUCUAUUCAAGGAACUCACUUCUCUCCACACGGUUUAUACAACGAAACCCAUUUUUGGAGUUGAAUUUCAAAGUUAUUCUGGUAAAGAUGACGUGGAGUCCAAUAAUAACUUGACCGAAGAGUACGAAGUCCUGGAAGAUUUGAAAGGAGAAAUCUCUAAUACCAUUACAGCAUAUUUGGCUGAUGAGGGGCACACUAAGGAUGAAAUUCCGGUUUACUCACCUGAACUGGGUCUAGCUGUUGAGAGGAUCAAAGAAGGUUACACCAUACAAAAGCUGUGGGAAGUCAUUCCUUCAUGAAAUCAAUCAAUUGAAUUAUGGAAUGAAUAAAUUAUUAGAC